UUAUGACAGAAUUUGUUAGACGUGUCACGAAACAAGAAGAAGACGGGAGCAGUAAAAAUCGGAUCCAUUUUUUCACAACAGAGCCGAAAAUUGUGAAAAUUGGAUUCAAAUAACUAAAGACAGUUCAAGUAGUGUCGUUAAAAGUGCUUUGUGUGAUUAGAUUACUGAUUCUUCGAAUAAAACCGUACCGAAGGAACAGCUAUGUUGACUAAUUUUGAAACAAAAUCAGCCCGGGUGAAGGGCCUCUCGUUUCAUCCGAAGCGCCCAUGGAUUUUAGCAAGUUUACAUAGCGGCGUAAUCCAGCUUUGGGAUUACCGUAUUAGCACUCUGAUUGAGAAAUUUGACGAACAUGAUGGGCCAGUACGUGGCAUCGCGUUUCACAGCCAGCAGCCAUUGUUUGUGUCCGGUGGAGAUGACUUCAAGAUAAAAGUAUGGAACUACAAACAGCGCCGUUGUAUCUUUUCGCUUCUCGGUCACUUGGACUACGUCCGAACGACGGUUUUCCAUCAUGAAUACCCCUGGAUUCUGAGUGCUUCUGAUGACCAAACCAUUCGCAUAUGGAACUGGCAAUCUCGGUCCUGUAUUUGCGUAUUAACAGGACACAACCACUACGUUAUGUGUGCUCAGUUUCAUCCGACGGACGAUAUUAUCGUUUCGGCUUCAUUAGAUCAGACGGUAAGAAUUUGGGACAUUUCGGGACUGAGGAAGAAAAAUGUAGCCCCGGGACCAACCGGGCUGGAUGAUCACUUGAAGAAUCCGACGGCAACGGAUUUAUUUGGCCAAGCAGACGCAGUGGUGAAACAUGUGUUGGAAGGACACGACCGAGGAGUAAAUUGGGCUAGUUUCCAUCCGACGCUGCCGUUGAUUGUAUCUGGAGCAGACGAUCGGCAAAUCAAGCUGUGGAGGAUGAACGAAUAUAAGGCUUGGGAGGUGGACACCUGUCGAGGACACUAUUACAAUGUGUCUUGUGUGCUGUUCCAUCCAAGAGCCGAACUGAUUGUCUCCAAUAGCGAAGAUAAAAGUAUUCGCGUUUGGGAUAUGACCAAGCGGCAGUGUAUUCACACUUUUAGGAGAGAGCAUGAACGGUUCUGGAUUUUGGCAGCGCACCCGAAUUUGAACUUAUUUGCUGCAGGACAUGAUUCUGGCAUGAUUGUAUUCAAACUUGAACGUGAGCGACCAGCUUAUGCUGUAUACGGAAACUGCUUGUAUUAUGUAAAGGAACGAUUCCUGCGCGAACUUGAUUUCAACACUAAAUCCGAUACAGUUUUAAUGACUAUUCGUGGUGGAGGAAAAACGCCUGUAUACAGUAUGUCGUAUAAUCCAGCAUUGAAUGCUGUUCUGUUGUGUACCAGAACUUCAAAUUUAGAAAACAGCACCUAUGACUUGUAUAGCAUUCCGCAGAAAGACAGUGGUUCACAAAAUACCGAGACUGACAGCAAGCGGUCAUCAGGCGUUACAGCUGUUUGGGUUGCACGCAAUCGGUUUGCCGUUUUGGAUCGGUCCAAUCAACUCGUUAUUAAAAACUUCAAGAAUGAAGUUACCAAGAAAAUUCAAACUCCAGUGUCGGACGAAAUAUUCUACGCUGGAACGGGAAUGCUGUUGCUUCGAGAACCGGAACACGUUACAUUAUUUGAUGUACAGCAACUUCGUACUUUAGCGCAGGUCAAGAUUGCCAAGUGCAAGUACGUCGUUUGGUCCACCGACAUGAGCCACGUUGCUCUUCUCGCAAAGCACACUCUGAACAUUUGCAAUCGGCGCUUAGAUUUGCUGUGUUCAAUACACGAAAGCGCUCGUAUAAAAAGCGGGGCUUGGGAUGAUUCUGGGGUGUUCAUUUAUACCACCUCGAAUCACAUCAAAUACGCGAUAAUCAACGGUGAUCACGGAAUAAUACGCACUUUAGAUUUACCGAUUUAUAUUGCGCGUGUUAAAAACAGUCAAGUGUUCUGUCUGGAUCGAGAAUGUAGAACGCGCGUCCUGAAUAUUGACACAACCGAGUACAAGUUCAAACUUGCGCUGAUCAACCGAAAGUACGAAGAGGUGCUGCACAUGGUGCGUAACGCACGCUUAGUUGGGCAGAGUAUUAUCGCCUAUUUACAGCAGAAAGGUUACCCCGAGGUGGCCUUGCACUUCGUUAAAGAUGAAAAGACUCGCUUCGGUUUGGCACUGGAAUGCGGCAAUAUCGAGGUUGCUCUGGAAGCAGCUAAAGCUUUGGACGAUAAACAGUGCUGGGAAAGACUGGCUCAGACGGCCCUGAUGCAAGGCAAUCAUCAGGUAGUGGAAAUGUGCUAUCAGCGUACCAAGAAUUUCGACAAGUUAUCUUUCCUUUACUUGAUUACUGGAAACCUGGAGAAACUGAAAAAGAUGAACAAGAUUGCAGAAAUUCGUAAAGACGUGUCCGCUCAGUACCAGGGCGCUUUGCUACUGGGAGACGUCAAAGAGCGUGUCUCCAUACUGAAAAAUUGCAACCAAACGUCGUUGGCUUAUCUGACUGCCAAGACGCACGGACUAGAAGAAGAUGCCAACCAACUGGCUGAAACUGUUACAGCCGCCGGGAAAGAUUUGCCCGAGGUUCCGUUGAAUGCCAAAUUUUUACGGCCCCCGGUACCUAUCCAGCAGGCUGAGAGCAAUUGGCCACUGCUGACGGUUUCUAAAGGAUUCUUUGAAGGAACAAUGAUGUCUCGUGGAGCAGCAACCGUUCAUCAGGCCCUAGCAGCCACUGAAACCGUUGUCGAAGCAGCAGAUGAAGACGGUUGGGGUGUCGAUGAAGAUUUACGUGAUGAUGAUAAAUUUGAAGAUGCUAAGGAUGAUAGUGACAAUAAGGUUGAAGGGGGAGAAGGUGCCGGCUGGGAUGUAGGUGAUGACGACCUAGAACUUCCGGAGGAACUCAUGUCGAAGAUCUCUGCGAGCACUGCAGGAGAAAAAGGCUUUUAUGCGGUUCCACCAAAAGGUUUGCCACCUUCACACUUCUGGACAAUGAACUCGCAGCUCGCUGCCGAUCACGUACGAGCAGGGUCGUUUGAAACAGCUUUUCGAUUACUGCAUGAUCAGAUUGGUGUCGUUAACUUUGCUCCGUAUAAGGACAUUUUCAUGGAAUCCCAUAUCGGUUCUAAGACUUCCUAUACUUGUCUUCCAAGUAUUGGUCCUUUAACAGCUUAUCCGAACCGAAAUUGGAAAGAACUGAACGUUAAAAAUUGUCAUCCUACUUUGGCAUUUAAAUUAAAUGAUUUAGUACAGAUGUUACAGACGUGCUAUCAACUAACUACCACUGGAAAGUUUACUGAGGCGAUUGAAAAACUGCAACAUAUAAUGCUAUGCAUUCCAUUAUUGGUGGUCGAAUCUCGACAGGAAAUUGCUGAAGCCCAACAGUUGUUAACCAUAUGUCGCGAGUACGUUGUUGGUUUGCAAAUGGAGACUCUUCGUAAAGGGUUGCCAAAAAAUACACUGGAUGAGCAAAAGCGAAUCUGCGAGCUGGCGGCUUACUUUACCCACGUUAACUUACAGCCAGUACAUCAAAUUUUGACUUUAAGAACAGCACUCAACCUAUUCUUCAAGCUGAAAAACUAUAAAACCGCCGCCUCCUUCGCACGUCGGCUUAUCGAUUUGGGCCCCCGACCAGAGGUUGCAAAUCAAGCACGAAAGAUACUGUCUGCCUGCGAAGUAAACGAAGCUGAUGAACACAUCCUGCAGUACGACGAGCACAAUCCAUUCACACUAUGUGCGGUCACUUACAAACCGAUUUAUCGAGGCAAACCAGAAGAAAAAUGUUCCCUCUGUUCAGCUUCGUACCAGCCAGCAUACAAAGGGGUUACCUGUGUCGUCUGUCAGGUGUCCGAGGUAGGCAAGGAUGUGAUCGGUUUGAGGAUUAGUGCUUCGCAAUUCAAAUAAAUUUAGUAAUCUGAUGCGCAUUUUACAACAUAAUGCAUAUAAACUUUUAUUAAGUAUUCAAAAUAAUCUACACACGUACAUUUAUUCCAUUUCGAUUGUGUUGUUGAAACAGACGCCCCGAGAGUACUGUAACGUGGAAUGAUUAAAAAUCAAUAAACAUUACUAGUUCAUUAGUGUUACUUUUAGGCA